ACAAAUUAUAUCGCCGUUUGCCCAUCACUAUUUUAGCGCGCCUAUCGAACUACUGGUUUGAACUUCAGGCCAAGCAUUUUGUUUUAAAACUUAAAUUUACGAAGCUAAUUUAACCUUUUUACUAUGGAGGUGAUCCAACAGAUAGACACUGUACUUGGUUCUUUACCAGAAAACACCCAGCUCUUUAAGGAUCUGGCCGAAGGAACUCCCAGUGAGUAUGAGGCUCAGAUCAAAAAACUUCAUGAAACCAGCACUCGAAGGCGUGUGGAAUACGCGGAAUCCUUGAUCCGGAUAAGGAACUCUCACCAGGCCAUGCAGACCGCACUAGAUCGGGCGAAAGAGGAGCUCCCCGACUACCAGGAGUGGAGGAGCGGCUGGAAAGAGCGCAAAGAAGCCGUGGUGAAAAGCAGGAUUAACGUGAAGAACAUGCACGUCUACAAGAACAUUAAGCAAGCAAUAGAGGUGGCGUCCAACCUAAAUAACCCGCGAACAUCCACCGGAAGUGAAAAGGAUACGAAUGCGUCUACGAAUCCGGAUGACGAUGACGAUAUUCAGAUCCAGGGCAACAGCGACGUAUUCUCCAUAUACGACCCCUGGUCGAAGGCGGUGAUGAUGAAUCCCGUGCGGAACACGAAGUGCGGUCAUGUCUACGACCGCGAGUCUGUCCUGAAAAUCAUUAAGGAGAACAUUAGCAUCCGAUGUCCGGUCCUGGGUUGCGGAAACAAGAGCUAUUUGCACCCGAACCUCCUGGUCGAGGACGAGGAGACGCGUCAGAGGGUGCUCCGUAAACUGGCCGAGGAGGAAAAGGAGACAGAGGAGUACGAAGUGGAAGCUCUUGAGGAUACGGACCAGGACGAAGAGAUGGAAUAAUUUUAAUGUGCAAACCAAAGUGUUGCUUCCAAGAGGGCAAGCAGUACCUGUAAAAACCUCUGCGGGGAUAAAUUGUGUUAUUUUAUUGUUUUACAGGAUAUUGUUUGCGUACUUUUUAAAGUAAUUUCCUAAAAUUGUGUUAAAAAUAGAAUACUAGAAUACAGUUUUUAUAAAUAUAACUAAAAAUAAUUGUUAAUGUUUUUUAAGAUUUUAAAUACAUAUAAAAGCAAUUUUGAAAUAUUUAAUAACUUGAAAAGAAAUUGCGCAGAAGUUCCAUCCCAAUUUCGAUAAGUCG